GAGCAUUGAGCCUGAGCUCAAAACCGAGAUACAGUCAUGUUUGCAAUUCUUCUGACUGUAUCAUUGUUUAGCCAAGGUCUUACAAUAGUGGGCCAUGGAAAAAGUUUCAUCACAGCAUUUCCAGAAAAUUUAGGUUUCUUUUAUCGAAACACUUCAAAUAGUCUGAGAGUCACCGCCCUCCAUGACAACACAUUUGUCGACAUCUUUUUCAACGGCAGCAGCACACCAACAAAAAAGAUAUUAAACCUGAUGUUAGGCAAAACUGAAACUGUGGUGUUUCCAAAAUCUGCUGAAGUAUAUCAACUCAACUACUCCACACAAUCUAUCCGAAUUAACAGUACCAAAAACAUUGUAGUACAUUCUGUGAGUAGUGCAAAUUUUACGAUUAAUACAAUCUCAGCCCAGACCAAUGUUGUUCAACCCAAUGCAAAUCUCGGGAUAAAUUAUCUGAUCCCUUCACUGAACUACACAAAUUUUCUGACAACGUUUGGCAUAUCCCAGUCAACCUCCUCGUUCACAAGAUACGACUCAUUCAGACUAAUCAUCAUCAAUGCUGAGGACACAGAAAACAAUAUCACGAUAGUCAAAAAUAUAUCAGACAAAAUUCAGUUAGUAAACUUCACGAUCCCAUCAUAUCAACUUAUCCAGUUGCAGGCCGAUGAUUCAAUGAUGAUGGUUAAAACGAGUCAUAAAAUAGCUGUGCUGCUGACUCACCCGUGUCUAGAUAAAACAAACUGUUCAUGCAGCAUGAUAGUCAAUCAGAUUCUUCCUGUGAGAUUUCAGGGUCAGAACUUUGUUGUGCCCCACAUUCAAGGUAUAACCCAGAGACAGUUAGUUAUGACAUCAAAUGAUGAGGCAAGCUCACUAUCUCAAAACAACACUGAAUUAACUCCUAGUUCAUCAGGGUAUCUGUCACUCUCGGAUUUAAACACCCAGUAUGUAACCGCAUCGAGUGACGUGUCUCUCAGACUGAUCAGUCCAGGACUUUUCAUUGAAUUGAUCCCAGAACACAUGUUUGCUGGCUGCUACCUGCUGCCGUUCUAUUCAAACAGCAAGUUGGCAGUUGUGAUAGCUAAAACUGACAGCACAGCUCAAGUGAGCUUAGGUUCAAACACGAUUGAUACCUCUGCCUGGUCUGAGAUUUCUAACACACAAUACUCUAAAGCUGAAAUAACCUCAUCAGACCCAUUGGCCCUUAUCUGGACUACAAGCUCAAAGAUUGUGGUUUAUAUAGUGGAUAAAAGUGGUGACACAAUUUUUGGAGGCCCAGCUAUACCAAUAAAUGAACAACCAGCUCCAAAUGGCUGUAUGAUUCCUGGAGAGUUUGUAGUUGGAUAUCAACUUCUUAAAUGGACUGAGUCCCUGGCUUACUGCACAAAACUUGAGAGAGAAUUUGCCUGUCCUAUAAAUAAAUACAUCCAGAUAGAGUUCACCAAGCAGGUUAACAAAACAAAUGUGGAGGGUUGGAUCGGUCUGCGCCAGAGUCUUAUGACAACAGAGUGGUACUGGCAGACGAGUGCAACAUCAGCAUCAUCAUCUGUGGAUUACGUUAACUGGGCCAAUGGGCAACCACGGGCGAACAAGUUAGAAAUUUGUGCUUCAUUGUCACUGAAUGGUAAAGAUGAUUUUAAAUGGAAAACUGCACGCUGCUGUAAGAAAAAGCUUCCUGUCUGCUACAAACCACCAAAAAUCUUUAUCCUUUGA